GAGAGCCUGAGUGUAACUGCGUGUGUGUCCGUGGAUGUGUUUUCGUGGGGAGGGGAGAUUCCCCCUAAGCGAGUUACAAGCGUUGGAACUGACCAAGCACAGAGCGCGUGUGGUUCGAUGUCACACCAACCGAAACAGCAGACUCGCGCAGACGGCGACUUUGAUCUGUGAUUGGAGGAAAAACACACCGUUCCGACCAGCUUCGAGGCGUGGCUUGCCAAAGUGAUCUCUAGCUAUUUAGGGUCAAGUUGAACAUUUUUUUCCAUCUCAGCAAGCGGGGUUGUAAAGUUUGCAUUAUUGCGAGGCAGAGAUCGGUAGAAAUCACGCGACGACAAAAAAAAGGUAUAGAAUUCGUUGGACUGGCUAUUGUUAUACAAGCUGCAAGCGCCACGAAUCCCGAGCUCGAGGCUCGGGGUUUUCACGAAGAACUGGGGCAACUAGCUAUCGACAUAGCCGUUUAGCCAGACAAAAUCAGCUAACGUUAGCUAAUCCCUUCGCUAGCUAACGAAUCCCAACGUGGGAGUGCUAGUAGUCUGAAGCGGAGCAAACACCCCCAUCUGCGGAUCAGGCUCAGGCUGGUGAGUCAGUGGGCGUGUUUUGUUCGUGUCUCUUGCGUGCUGUUAGCGAGCAAGCUGGCUAACUAACUUCUUGGCAUAAAAAUGUCCGCGAUUUACUAGCUAACUUUUGGGUUAUUCUGCUGAUAAGCGAAGGACGGGGCGGUUAGUGUUGAUCAGGAAAGUUCUGUUCAGAUAGCAGCCAGCGCAGAUCUUGGCAAGUUAUACAACGUGGAAAACUUCGUAGCUGCUGCACACCUUUUGAGUCGCGGGCAAGUCGGCUACUCCUUUACCACCGGACCUAACGACGGGCAUGAAUCAGAACGAGUAGUGCAACAUUUACAAAGGCAUAAAGAAGGAGGGGGAAAACAUCCUCACUGGCCAUUUUCUUCUACCCAGCAAGUGAUGGAGAUGGCUGUGAGUACCUCCACGCAGGCUCCGGAUGAGUUUGACAGGAAUGUCCCGCGGAUCUGCGGGGUGUGUGGUGACAAGGCCACCGGAUUCCACUUCAAUGCCAUGACCUGUGAAGGGUGCAAGGGCUUCUUCAGGCGGAGCAUGAAGCGUAAGGCCACAUUCACCUGUCCUUUCAAUGGGAGCUGCAACAUCACCAAGGAUAACCGGCGCCACUGCCAAGCCUGUCGCCUCAAGCGCUGUGUGGAGAUUGGCAUGAUGAAAGAGUUCAUCCUGACAGACGAGGAGGUUCAGCGCAAGAAGGACCUGAUCCAGCGGCGUAAGGAGGAGGAGGCGCUCCGCGAGUCCCAGCGCCCACGCCUGACUGAUGAGCAGCAGAACCUCAUUUCCUCGCUGGUGGAGGCACACCACAAGACCUAUGACGACUCCUACACCGACUUUGCGCGCUUCAGGCCUCCAGUGAGAGAAGGUCCAGUGACACGUAGUGCCAGUCGAGCAGCUUCCCUCCACUCACUGUCAGAUGCCUCCUCGGACUCUUUCAGCCACUCUCCAGAGUCUGGGGACAGUAAGGUGAACCUGAGUAAUCUGCUGAUGAUGUACCAGGAGCAGGGCUCCAGCCCCGACUCGGCUGAAGAUGAUGGCUCCCGCCUCUCCAUGCUGCCUCACCUGGCCGACCUGGUCAGCUACAGCAUCCAGAAGGUCAUCGGAUUCGCCAAGAUGAUCCCUGGCUUCAGAGACCUGACAGCAGAGGACCAGAUUGCCCUCCUGAAGUCCAGUGCCAUCGAGGUUAUUAUGCUGAGGUCCAACCAGUCCUUCAGCCUGGAUGACAUGUCCUGGAGCUGCGGAGGACCCGACUUCAAGUACUGUGUCAACGAUGUGACCAAAGCUGGACACACUCUUGAUUUGCUGGAGCCGCUGGUGAAGUUUCAGGUGGGGCUGAAGAAGCUCAAUCUCCAUGAGGAGGAACACGUGCUGCUAAUGUCCAUCUGCCUGCUGUCUCCUGACCGUCCAGGUGUGCAGGACCACGCGCGUGUGGAGGCCCUGCAGGACAACAUGUGUGAGGUGCUGCAGGCGUACAUCCGCAUCAGCCACCCCGGCGGGCGCCUGCUCUACGCCAAGAUGAUCCAGAAGCUGGCCGACCUGCGCAGCCUCAACGAGGAGCACUCCAAGCAGUACCGCCUGCUCUCCUUCCAGCCCGAGCACAGCAUGCAGCUCACACCCCUCGUCCUGGAGGUCUUCGGUGGACAGGUCACCUAGCAACCUGGUCGUCAAGGCCGCAGCCAAAGGUCGCGGGGGGGGAUUUGGUGCAGUUGGGGAGGGGGGCGGGGGUGUAGGGGGUUGGGUGAAGGGGUUGCAGCACGAAGAAUGGAAUGAAUGUAUGGACAAUCGCUCACAAACAACAACAACAACAACAACAACAGCAACAUAACACAAUGAAACGAGUGCAGUUUGCAGGCAGAGCUAGAGUGUGUGUGUUUGUUUGUGUGUGUGUGUGUGUGUGUGUGUGUGUGUGUGAGCGCGUGCAUGUGGAUGAGUGAGUGAGUGAGUAUGUGUCCAUAAGAGCAAGAAACGAAUAGGAAAAGUCCACUUUUGUCAGUGGGUUGGCAGGAGGAAGGGGAGCUCCUCAGUAGGUUGGGAAAUCAUAGUCAGGGAAUUCUGUUGAAGAAUGUAUUUACACACCAUUCAUUUCAUCACAUGACACAAAACACACAGUUUGUAUUACAGUUUAGCAGUAUUGAAUCCUAUGGGUAACACUACCAACAAACGCACCUCUUUUUCUGUGCGCAUUCUGGACUUUUUUUUUUUACGGUUCUUCUCUUUUGAUUUUUGGUUGUUGUUUAAAGAAAACCUCUAUGCUCUCUACCAAAAGCACUGUCCACUUCCACAAAAGCUGUGUCUCUCUCUCGCUCUGUUUCUCUCUCUCUCUCUCUCUCUCUCUCUCUCUCUCUCUACACGUCAUGCCUUUUUUUAGACUAACAGGGUUGCCAGCUAACGGUUUGCAGUCUUACCGAAUCUCUGAAGGAAGUGUCGCUAGCUAGUGCUGAUAUUGCUAACCAAUCAAAGAUCAGUUCUCAGCCAUCUCGUGGGGAAUUGUUUCUGGGGUUGUCUCUCUAUGUCUUUUUUGUUUUGUUGAUGUGUUUAUCUGGUGAGCUCUGGUCAGUCUAUGCCUGUAGGCUUUGCUACUGUUAAAGCUUUUAACGCUGUCCUUGGGCUCCCCAAUACUCAGCAAACAGCACUGCAAUAUCUGUCAUUCUUAAGCUAGCCUCUAAUGUGUAUAUAUUAACAUAUACAUGUGUAUUAUCGAUAAGCUUUCUAUAUAGAUUUAAGGAUAUAAAUGGUAACUAAGUGAUAAGCUGUUUAUGGCACAUUGUCAUGUGCUGUUGCCAACACUACAUUGCCACAUCUGUUGGAAUCGGUACCCACUCAAGUGUCCGGUUCAUGCUGGUGUAUCAUAGCCACAAACCAAACAUAAGCUGACGGUGAACAGUGAACAUACGAUAAAUUCUAAGAAUUGGUGUCAAUGGAUAGCAAGAGAUUCCUCAAUGGUCACACUCUCUAUCCUUGCAGUUUUUAUUCCCGGUACAAUUCCAUGAAUUGUGUGUGUGUGUGUGUGUGUGUGUGUGUGUGUGUGUGUGUGCGCGUGUGCGUGUGUGUGUGUGUGUGUGUGUGUGUGUGUGUGUGGACCCUAGCUUUUAAUUGAGGACUCCUUUCUAAUCCACUUCUAAUUUCAAAUCUUCAGAAGCUUAGAAUUGUUAAGUUUUGUUUUUUUUUUGAGUGGAAAUUUUGUUGAGGAUGUAAAGUUUUCUCUCUUUUUUUCUGGUUUCUAUUCCUCACUCCUUCCAUUUGUAUCUUUCCUACUGUUCCCUCUGGGCUGUCAAGCCUCACCUCUGUUUUCCUGCACAACCUAUUGUGUUUUGCCUUUGUUUUUCUCUGCAUACCGAAUUGUUUGUUUUGUGUUGCCACCUUGUGGCAGAUGUUUGUAAAUACUUUUAACUCAUCCAUAGCUGUACAUAGGGCUAACCCAAUGAACUAAUAGCAAGAUAAUCCUGGAAAAUUACAAAAAAAAAGAGAAAUAUAUAUGCAAAUAUAUUAUUGAUAUUUACUUUAAAACGUAUUUUUUAUUCACGUAAAGCACUGUGGUUACAGAGCUGUAUCAUUAUGCUGACAGUAACGUAUAGCAACGCGCUCCUCGAGACGAUCCCACGUGGCCACGGAGUGUCCUCGAACGGUUGCAUAACACGCCGUAAAUCAGAGCGGCCCUUAAGUCACGCCUCAGCACGCGUGCGCGUUCACUCUCUCUCUCACUCUAUCUCUCUAUCUCUCUGUCUCGCUCUUGUUCGCUCGUUCCCUCACCCAAACGCACGGCCCAGCCUGGUCAGAGCUGAGCUGCCGUACAGGAAGUGAUGGCGUACAUGCGCCCGCCACUCCCAACCCCCCCACCCCCACCCUGCCACAGUCACAGUGCUCAUCCAACCCCCGCUCCCCUCAGUCGCCCCCACAGCACGUCACGCUGUCUGUCUGUAAACACGCACACAGCACACACACUCACAACUGAACACGCGCACACACACACACACAUGGCAUUUCAGAGAGAUGACUCAACAGAGACUCAAGGAUAAAUGAUCCAGGUGUGGUAGGCGUGGAUGAGCACUUCAAAUGGGAUGUCUUUAUCUUGGAACCCAGAGCACUAGGGCUCAAGUUAGGACAGAGGUCUUCAUGUUUUUUUGGGUUCUGGACUUUGUUUCUUGUUUGAGAUACGACUCGUACGAGGCUCUUGGGAAGGGCGUUUAUUUUCCUCCAGUUGGCUGAAUUUUCGUGUUCGGAGAAAGUAGAAGGACUUAGUCGUCAGGAGAACACGAUGCUGCUCAUUGCUCGCAUUUGCGACCGCUUUUAAGUAUAACUAUUUGAGAGAAGACAAGUGGCGUACAGGUUGAAUGCUGUUGUGCAUGUGCGACAUGUGGAUGUGUGUGCAUAUACACACAUUAUCACCUAUGUAUACACUCACAUAUGUGUAUAUAUUACACAUGUAUAGGUUGUUUGUGUGUGUGCGCAUGUGUGUGUUAGGGAGUGGUAAAGAAUUGCUGAAAGGUAGUCGCUCCUGCGGUUUGAUCUCUAACUUUGUUGUUAGAACAUGCAAAUGAAUUAUCACCUCCCUUUUUCAAGUAAGGGAAAUCCAAAAAAAAAAAAAAAACCUUUCUCAGGCCAGAUCAUUUUCCAUUUCGAAUUUGACACCGCGUGUGUGUUUUUUUUUUUUUUUCUGUCUGUCAACAUUCCUGGGAAAUACUCACUACUGCAAAAAUGGGAGAUUGCAGAACCGUGUUUGUAAAAUAAUGUUUUAUGCAAAAAAGAUAAUUUAAAAAUCAUUUGAACCCAUUCAUGCCACAGUAGGCUGGUUUAUGAUUGGCUCCUCUGCUGCUUUCCCUUGCUCCUCCUCUCCAUUGUUAUCCCACCAGUGUUCACAGGAGCAUUGUGGGGGGUUUUCCAUCGACACUUUUAUAAUCCACUUCGGCCGAGCCAAUUUGCAUUUCCAUUACAAGUUGAACGGCGCUAAAAUGUGCCACGCUCAUUUUGGACCCUCUCCAGAGCAGGGCCAAACCGCGCCAGGUCCGCCUCCAAACUCAGUCAUCAUUCAGCGCUUGCCAUGGUGAGUCUGUAGUUUUGUAUAUCCAGACACGUA